AUGGACAACCAUUCGUACAACUUCCCCUCGGACUGCACCCCGCUCACCAACUGUAAGUCGGCCCGUAAGCCGGCUGGAUCCACCGUGGUGAACAUGGACAACUCUGGAAAGAAUCCUCCUCGGGACUAUCUGGUCUGGUCACUGUGCAACACCUUGUACGUUAACUUCUGCUGCCUGGGAUUCAUGGCUCUCGUCUACUCCAUCAAGGCCAGGGACCAGAAGACUCAAGGAAACCUGCAGCUGGCCCAGGAGUGUUCAGACAAGGCCAAGUGGUACAACAUCCUGGCAGCCGGCUGGAACAUGCUGAUUCCACUUCUGGCUGUCGUCCUGCUCGUCCUCCUGCUCGUCCACCUGGGCACUUCAGAGGGCUCCUUCGACUUCUUCGGAGAGGACGGCUUCCAAAGCUUCAUGAAACUGUUCAGCUGGUAG